GUUGGUGGGCAGUUGAAAGGUUUAUCUGUAUCCACAUUGCAGGAUAUUGUGAUUCAUUAGUGUUUUUGCGAAUUUUAUCACUUUUAGGCCAAUUCUCUAGUUUAGUGAAGUUAUUGAAAUUGUUGGUGAAAUGUCCAAAAAGCGCGGAAAUCGGAAAAACCAAGAUUUGGACGAAGAAUUGAGUGAAGUAGGAAGUUCAGUGUCUGACACAACCUCAAAGUCCAAGUCGAAAAAGGGUCAGAAGAAAGGUAAGAAAAAUGAUGAUUGGAGCGAUGAUGAGGGGAGAGGGAAGAAGGUAUCCCUAGAACCUGGUAGUGAAGAUGAUGAAGUGGCUAAUGCUGUGCAGAAGAAGGGAAAAGGGAAGAAGGCAAAGGCGAAAGAAGAUGGCAACGUGGAAGGUGGAAAAGGUGAAAGCAGUAAAGGUGUUGGAAAGAAGAAGAAAGGCAAGAAGGAUGAUGACUGGUCAGAGGAUGAUGAGAAGGAUAUUGAGUUGAAGGUGGAGUCUGAGGAGGAGGAGGAAAUUGUGGCGAUAGCUAAAGGGAAACCCUCGAAAAAAGCUAAAAAGAAAGCUAAAGAAGUUGUUGUUGAACCUGAGGAGGAUUUGGAGGAUGAAGUUGAGGAGCCUGAAGCUGAAGUAGAGCCUGAGGUCGAAGUAGAGCCUGAGGAAGAACGUCAGGAAGAGGAGGAGGAAGAAGCGGUUGAGGAGACUCUGGCAGAGGAAGUGGAAAAAUUGGAGAUAACUGAGCCCGCUGAGAAGAAGAUGACGCACAAGGAGAAGAAAAAGCUCAAGAAGCAGCAAGAAUAUGAGAGACAGGUGGAAGCUAUGACGAGAAAAGGUGGUCAGGGAGCUUCAGACCUAGAUAGCAACUUUACAAUGUCCCAGGCACAGAAAAGUGGUGGCCAGAAGGCAGCCCUUGAGCAUGCUGUGGACAUCAAAAUUGAGAACUUCACCAUCUCAGCCAAGGGCAAUGAUCUCUUUGUCAAUGCGAAUCUCCUGAUAGCUCAUGGAAGGCGAUAUGGGCUCGUGGGGCCAAAUGGACAUGGAAAGACCACGUUACUGAGGCAUCUGGCCUCCCGUGCCUUUGCCAUUCCGCCCAACAUUGAUGUCCUGCUCUGCGAACAGGAAGUCGUAGCCGAUGACAAUUCCGCCGUAGAGACAAUCCUCAAGGCAGACACUAAGCGACUAAAUCUCCUGCAGGAGUGCAAGGAUCUGGAAGCAAAGAUCGAAGAGGGCGACUUCGAUGCCCAGGAUCGUCUCAAUGAAGUGUACAUCGAACUCAAGGCCAUAGGAGCGGAUUCCGCCGAACCCAGGGCCAGAAGAAUUCUAGCUGGUCUGGGAUUCUCCAAGGAGAUGCAGGAUAGGCCGACAAAUAAAUUUUCCGGAGGCUGGAGGAUGCGUGUCUCCCUGGCUCGUGCCCUGUACAUGGAACCCACUCUACUCCUCCUCGACGAACCUACCAAUCACCUCGACCUAAAUGCUGUCAUCUGGCUGGACAAUUACCUGCAGAGCUGGAAAAAAACCCUCCUAGUCGUUUCCCACGAUCAAAGUUUCCUGGACAAUGUCUGCAAUGAGAUCAUUCAUCUGGACUGCAAGAAGCUCCACUACUACAAGGGCAACUAUUCAAUGUUCAAGAAGAUGCACGUGCAGAAGAAGAAGGAGAUGAUCAAGGAGUACGAGAAGCAGGAGAAAAAGCUCAAGGAGAUGAAGACCAGAGGGCAGUCAACGAAGGCGGCUGAGAAGAAGCAAAAAGAUGCCAUGACGAGGAAACAGGAAAAGAAUCGAUCGAAAGUGCAAAAGAAUGAAGAUGACGAGCAAACUAUUGAGCUCCUCACUAAGCCUAGAGACUACAUCGUUAAAUUCCGCUUCCCUGAUCCUCCGCCCCUUCAGCCGCCAAUUCUUGGACUUCACGAUGUUACCUUCAAUUUUUCUGGCCACAAGCCUCUGUUUAUCAAUACUGAAUUUGGUAUUGAUCUGAGCAGCAGAAUAGCCAUCGUAGGGCCCAAUGGAGUGGGCAAAUCGACAUUUUUGAAGCUUCUCUGCGGAGACUUGGAGCCCGUCAAGGGAGAAGUGCGCAAGAAUCACAGACUUAGAAUCGGACGUUUCGACCAACAUUCUGGGGAGCAUCUGACAGCUGAGGAGAGUGCAGCGGAGUACCUGCAGCGUCUGUUUAACUUACCACAUGAAAAGGCCCGGAAGGCGUUGGGAACUUUUGGAUUGGUGAGUCAUGCUCACACAAUUAAGAUGAAGGAUCUGUCGGGUGGACAGAAGGCACGAGUAGCCCUGGCGGAAUUGUGCCUGAGUGCUCCGGAUGUCCUGAUCCUCGAUGAACCGACGAAUAAUUUGGAUAUUGAGUCAAUUGAUGCUCUUGCGGAGGCAAUUAAUGAAUACAAUGGGGGAGUGAUAAUUGUGUCGCACGACGAAAGAUUGAUCCGGGAGACGGAAUGUGGACUUUAUGUGAUUGAGGAGCAGACAAUCAACGAAAUUGACGGAGACUUUGAUGACUACCGCAAAGAAGUUCUGGAUAGUUUGGGAGAAAUUGUCAAUAAUCCCAGCGUUGUGGCCAAUGCUGCAAUUCUCGAUUAGGAAAAAAAAAUCUAUUGAAUGCUUUGUAAAAAAAUGUUCUUUUGAAAUGGUUCCAAAUAUUCAUUUAUAUUUCAAAUAA